AUGCAAGAGUGGUACAUACUCUCCAAAGAAAGAUUUCAAGGCAUGUCAAGAUUGUCAGUACAAGAAGUGUUUCAUCACCAAGUUGUCAACGGAACGUGUUCUGAUAAGAAUGACAUGUCUCGUUGCAUUGAUAAAUGUGAAGAAGGCUACAGUAUGAAUAAAGGUGGAACUGUAUGUGACAUUGAUUUGGCACGGCAGAACAAAAUAACAACGCUGGCAACAAAGACCACAAGCAAUCCCCCAACAAGUCCUACAACAACCCACAAUACAUCAAAACUUGUAGUAUUACAUGACCGAAAAGAUAUCAAAGAAUCUAAGCUGGCUUCUGGUGUUAUUGCUGGCAUUGUCACUAGUGUGAUUGCUAUUGUGAUAAUAUUCAUAAUAAGUAUAUGUUGGUAUAAGUCGAGGAAUACAGAGGAAGGAGGUAGGUUUAUAGCUUUGUUUAUAAGUAUAGCUUUGUUUAUAAGCUUCCACAGUCAAUUGUACCGGAGGCCUGCUAGUAGUAAUCCUUGUAGACCAGUGUUGUGAUUAAAAAUAUGAAAUUAAGGUCUACAAGAUCAUUCUAAUAUUCCUCAAAGCUAAAGAUGAUGAGGAAUUGCAAAGCAGCACUGCAGAUUUGUUGGACCAACCUGAUGAGGGAGGGAAAGGAGAAGCUGUAAAGUUUAGUGUACAAGGUAAUGUUUUAUUCUCAUUUUAGAAUUCUCAUAUAAAACUCUAUCAAAAAGAAAUAUUAAUCAUAUUAUUUGUCUCACAAACAGAGAACAAUGAUUCAGCAAGUACUAGUACAACAUCAUCAUUGAACGAGUACAACAUCAUCAUUGAUAUUAUUUCAUGUGUUAAUCUCUUUCGAUUUAAGUUUAGUAUAUGCUCUUUGAGGUUUUGUGGCAUGUUUAUUUUGCUUAAUAAAUGUAGAAGAAGGUGAAAAAAAUGGUUUAUCUACAUCAGAUAGACACCAUGUAUUGGUUUCUAAAUCUAUCGGUUGUAUUGACUGCAACAAUCUCACUCUCAAAAAUCAAUCCCUUGUUUUGAAACCUAUGUAUACUGAAAAACAUCAUCAACUUUUCAGACUUUGUUUGUCAACCGAGUGGUUAAGUCUUGGAACUAUGUUUGUAUAUAAAAUAGCCUCUACAGAAAAAUUGUGCCAGCCUAGUUAUUUUUAAACACUUCCUGCACAGGAUAUAUUCCAACUUGGUCAAGACUAUUUUUAAUGUGAAUAUGCUGUGGACUUGGUCACUCGUGCACUUGGUGCUCCUAACUGUCAUCAUUCCUAAACUGCAUUAAGCCAUUGCGUAUAUAUUUACUGUAAAUAGAUCUUCUUUUUCUUCUUCUUUUUGCAUUAAUCUAGUCAUACUUCUAUUUAGGGGUUGUGCCUUGCAUGGUCUCGUUUUCCUUGCACUAUUAGACGUCUGUUCACCUUGUAAUCUAUAAGUUUUAUGUCAAAUAAAGCUGAUAAAAUAAAAAUCUCAAGGAAACAAUAGAAGGAUUUGGAUUGAUUUAUCUUCAUCAACUCUCCUGUUCUGAUAUUGAAUUUGUGUUCUAUUCUUGUCAUUCAAUUUGAGUCUAACUAUAGAAUUUCAUUUCUGUGCAUUUAGUUAAUUCAAGCCAGCCAAACAAUGCAGGAAAUAAUGUCAGUGAUACAGUCAUGGGCUGUACACCACCUCUCAAUAUUUUUGUGGCGAACAAUGUACUAGGUAAAUGUCUGUUAUGUAUUGAUAUUUCCAAUAUUUUUUAAAUGAAAAAGUUUGGAAUCUGUAACUUUAUAUAUGUUAUUGUAGAACCAGUGGUGGAGAACAGACAACCAGAACUAUUGCUUCCACAAUGUGUACCUGCUGCAAUGGCCUCAAAUGAUCUUCAAGUCAAUAAUCCACAUCUUACAAGGUUUGGUGGUCUUUCAUUCAAAACGUACAACAAAAUGUGUGAAGAUUUUGAUGCCGGUACAGCUGGAAUAGGUUGGAAGGACCUGGCUGGCUGGCUGGACUUAAAAUUUGAAGAUGUCAAGCCAAUUGAAAUAAAGGAAAACAAAAGUAGUCAACUAAUUCAAAGAUGGGCAGUAGCAACUGAAAACACCGUAUCUAAGUUUGUGAAAAUUUUGGAAAAACAUGGAAUGACAUACUUGGCUGACGAGAUUAGAACAGAACUUAAUAUUACAGCAUAA